AUGCGGGCACCUCAGUGGGGCUCUGGUCCCCACCACCCCCAGUCCACGGCCACCUCUGGGCACAGCAGGAGGGUCCAGGGCCCAGUGUGCCAAACUGAGUCCAGUCCAGGGAGAAAGGAGGAAUAUGGGGAGCAGAUCCAUCCUGGCAAGAGCUGGGUCUCCCUGCUGGGGCAGCCAGGAGGGGUGCGAGUGCCAGGCGGGCAUGAGAGCAGCGACCUGGCGCUCUCUGACCCUGCACUUUCCCCCGCUGCGCUCCAGCAUAGCAGGGGAUGGCCGUGCCAAGCAGAAAGCGCCCAGGGCCCGCGGGUCCCGGCUGAAGGAUGCUGCCCCCGGCCCAUGGGGGGCUCCUCGGAGCCCGGUGGCCCCCCGAUCAGGGGCAGCUGGAGGGGGCCGGGGGCGCGGGGCGCCAAUGGGAACCGGCCCCGCGGCUCCCCACCGCCGCGCUCGCCUCCCCCGCCUGCCGCACACCGCCGCGGCCCACCCAAGUCGCAGCCUAUGGGCAUAAAUUUGAGAGCCAGGCGCAGCCGGGAUUCAGGGGAAUCUUCCCUCGCUCUGUGCCCUGCCAAUGCAACUGAGGCCCACGAGCUGGGUGGUGGAAGCCCACGAGUGGCCCAGGAUAAAAGGGCUGAGGACAAGCAGGAGCUGGCAGUGCAGGUGGCACUGCUCACCAUCCGUGUGUGCCCGGGCACAGUCCUGCAGCUGCUGCGUCACCAGGGCCGGGGCAGUGACUUCCACUCGGUGACUGCUCCCGGCUUUCGCCGGGCGGGGACAGCAGCGGCGCGGCCGGAGCCCACCCACCCGCCACCCACCCGCCACCCACCGGCGCACGGAGCGCGGGGGCGUGGGAGCGGCCGGGCGCGGGGCUCUACGUGCGGAGGAGCGCGGCGGGGCCGGGGCGCGCUGCCCGCCUCCCGCUCCCGGGACCCCCGGGAGCACUCGCCCCGUCGAGGCCCGGGAAGCCCCGGCUACCCCGUGCGGUCCGACCCCCGCUCCGCUGAGAGCCGGUGUUUGGGCUCCGGUUGA